UCCUGGCUGCUUCUCUCGGGUCUGUCCGGGUGUCCGGAGCUCUCCAGAUCCGCAUGCCGUGUCUCCGGUCCCUCCAUGCGGCAGGCAGCGGGUCGGACCUCCAGCCCGGAGCCUCUUCCGUCAGGAGGAACCUGGACCUCCAGACGACGAGGGACACACAGAGGCUGAAGACCAUCGAUGACCUGCCGGGGCCCAGCAUGUCCACCUCCCUGUACUGGAUGCUGUUCAAAGGAUAUUCGGAAAAGUCGCACCUAAUGCAGGUUCUACAGAAGAAUCUGUACGGGCCCAUUUGGCGCACUAAGUAUGGUUCGUUUGAAAUGGUCAAUGUGGCGAGUUCGGAAUUCAUAGCUCAAGUGACCCGGCAAGAGGGUCGCUACCCGGUCCGAGUUGACAUGUCUCACUGGAAGGAUUACUUGGACCUGAGAGGACACGACUAUGGUCUGCAUACAAGCUCAGGACCAGAAUGGUACCAGAUCCGCAAACAAUUGAACCCCAAGAUGCUGAUGCUGGGGGAAGUGUCGGCGUAUACCUCCACCAUCCAAGAGGUGGUCGGAGACAUGCUGCAACGCAUUGAGGUCCUGCGCGGUCGCAGUCAGGACCAGGCCACGGUUCCGGACAUGGCGGCUGAGCUCUACAAGUUUGGCUUCGAGGCUGUCUCUUCAAUCCUGUUUGAAACCAGGCUGGGCUGCCUGCAGGAGGAUAUUCCCAAAGACACACUGCGAUUCAUCGCCGCCGUCAACACCAUGUUAAAGUUGUCUGAUGCCGUGUUAUUUACCCCACGCUGGAGCCGCAGCAUCCUCCCCUUCUGGAAAGGCUUUGUUCAAGCUUGGGACGUCCUCUGUAGUGUAGUCCAGAAACUAAUCAACAAGAGGAUGGCUGAAAUCGAGGCUCUGGUGCGCAGCGGUGAGCCGGCAGACGGUCUGUUCCUGAGUUAUAUGCUGUCCAGUGAAAAGCUGAGCAGAUCCCAGAUCUACAUCACGAUCACAGAGCUGCUGCUUGGAGCAGUUGACACGACGUCCAACACCUUGACGUGGACGUUGUACCACUUAGCGCGGGACGAGAGGGCCCAGGAGCUGCUGUUCGGGGAGGUGAACUCCGUGUGUCCCAACAAACGGGAGCCGACCAUGGACGACCUGAGCAGGAUGCCCUACCUGAGGGCCGUCAUAAAGGAGACGUUACGCCUUUAUCCCGUCGUACCUGGAAAUGCACGCUAUGUUACUGAGAAUGAGGUGACUGUGGGCGACUACUGCUUCCCAAAGAAGACUCAGUUCCAUCUGUGUCAUUUUGCCGUCUGUCACGAUGAGGCAGUGUUUCCGAAUCCAGAGGAAUUCGUCCCGGAACGCUGGCUCCGCUCUCCGCCGACCGGCUGUCCGGCACGCUACAAGCUGCAGCCGUACAGCUAUGUCCCGUUUGGUGUCGGGGUGCGAGCGUGCGUGGGGAAGAGGGUGGCGGAGAUGGAGAUGCAUUUUGCUCUGUCGAGGAUGAUGCAGCACUACAACGUCAAGCCCGAGAAAGGCGCUCCGAUUGUGCACCCUAAUACCCGUGUCCUGAUGAUCCCGGAGAAGCCCAUCAACCUGCGCUUCCUGCCCAGAGCCGAGUGACGAGCGGAGAGUUUCUGGAAGGAGACGAGGACGUGAAGGCUUUUUUGCUUCGUGGUUCUCUGGACUAAUGAAAUUGGCUCAUUGGCUGUCUCCACAACACGUACACACUCAAACACAAACACUUGCUGUUCAAAAUGUGUGUGUGCUGUACAGGGUGCACACUGCCCCUCUUUGACAAUAAGUGGAAAUGCAGCUUUUACAUAACCUUGCAUCCAUUUCUUGGGCUUUUGUUUCCUUUUGAAUCAGCCACGUUGAAAGUUAUUUCACAUUUAACACAAGGUUAAGCAUUAAACAUAAAGACAAGCUUUUUAUGGCGGAGGCAAGGAAAUGAGGAUUUAGGAAACGAAGCAACAGGAGGCAGAAGGAAGGAAACAAGGAGGCAUGGAAAGGAAGGAGGAUUGCGUAAAGGGAAAAGUUGUUGCACUUUUUUAAGUUUCCUGUGGGAAAACUGCAAAUAUCUUUCUUUUAUUCAAGAAUUGUUGCACUAAAUGUUGAUUUAGCUUCAAGGUUUUGCAUUUAUAAGUUACAAACAAAAACAUGCAUCUUAAGUACAAGAAUACUUUAAAGCCAUAAUCUCGGUAUUCUCGUAUCAUAGUGGAUGUAACUUUGCUAACA